GGACUGUGCACCUCUACUGUUUCCACCUCCUGCUCUUUCCGACUGGAUUCACCAAGCUGCUCCUGAGGGCCUAGUCCGGGACAAUAGCAGGGUGCCACCAACGCUCUGAUGCCCCGAGUGCUCACAGGGCUUCCAGCUAAGCAUGCUGCAGUUGCCUUGGCGCUGCCCCUUCUACUGCUACUGCUGGUGGGGUGGAUGCCACCACCGAUCAGCGCAAGGCCGUCCCCAGGCCCGGAUUACCUGCGGCGCGGCUGGCUGCGGUUGCUAGCGGAGGGCGAGGGCUGCGCUCCCUGCCGGCUAGAAGAAUGCGUCAUGCCUCGGGGCUGCCUGGCGGGCAGGGUGCACGACGCGUGCGGUUGCUGUUGGGAAUGCGCCAACCUCGAGGGCCAGCUCUGCGACCUGGACCCCAGUGCUCAUUUCUAUGGGCGCUGCGGCGAACAGCUUGAGUGCCGGCUGGACACAGGCGGCGACCUGAGCCACGGAGAGGUGCCGGAGCCGCUCUGUGCCUGUCGCUCACAACGCCCGCUCUGCGGUUCCGACGGCCGUACCUACGCCCAGAUCUGCCGCCUGCAGGAGGCAGCCCGCGCUCGGCCCGACACUAACCUCACUGUGGCGCAUCCAGGGCCCUGCGAAGCCGAGCCUCAGAUCGUGUUGCAGCCAUUUGACAUUUGGAAUGUGACGGGGCAGGAUGUGAUCUUUGGCUGUGAGGUGUUUGCCUACCCCAUGGCCUCCAUUGAGUGGAGGAAGGACGGCUUGGACAUCCAGCUGCCAGGCGAUGACCCCCACAUCUCUGUACAGUUUAGGGGUGGACCGCAGAGAUUUGAGGUGACCAGCUGGCUGCAGAUCCAAGCUGUGCGUCCCAGUGAUGAGGGUACCUACCGCUGCAUUGCCCGAAAUGCCCUGGGUGAGGUUGAGGCUCCUGCUACCCUGACAGUGCUCACACCAGAUCAGCUGAACUCUACAGGCAUUCCCCAGCUGCGAUCACUGAACCUGGCUCCAGAGGUGGCUGAGAGUGAAGAGAAUGAGGAUUACUACUAGGUCCAGAGCUCUGGCCUAUGGGGGUGGAUGAGUGGGUAUAGUAUUCAUUCCUGCUUGAGAAGACCUGGAAGAGACCUGAAAGGGGCGAGCAAGCAGAGAGCAUACAUGAAAUAGCUGCAGAUACCAGAAUCCUCUUCCCACCAGACUUCCCUCCAUCCCUGCUUAGCCAGUUUCUCCUAACUGCCUUUUCCCACAGACCCUGGUUCCUGCAGUUGUUUUCCGUGUUCCCAGCCUUUGCCUAGCCUCAAUUUAUUCUUCCUCAAAACUCAUAUUCCAUCCAGACAUGGUGGUGCAUACGUAUAAUCCCAGCCAAUAGGGAAUCUGAGCAGAAGGAUCACAGGUUCAAAGAUAGCCUUAGCAACUUAGCAAGGCUCUGACUCAGUGGUUAAGUACCCCUGGGUUCAAUCCCUGGUACCAAAACAAAACAAAACCCUCACAUUCCAGAAGUUUUCCCUCUCACCCAGAUAUUAACUGUAGUUCUUUUUUGUUGUUCACCAUCUGUUGUACAAGAGAGCACACUGAACAUGGUUUAGUUCAGUGCAGUAAAAGGGGUAGGGCCAGCUCCAAAUCUUGUAUCAUUCUGUUGUGGACAAAGCCUA